AUGCUUUUUAUUUCAUUUUUUUGUUCCUGUAAACACUGGUUGAUCUGGCAAGUCCAUUUUUUUUCUUUCUUUCUUUUUUUUUUUUUGCUGCUUAGUGAAGUCUUGGUGGAGGACUCAACAGCCUGUUUCUAUAAAGCUUUGGGCCAACUUCAAGAAAUCUGGGACUCGAUCGGGAUUCCAGAGGAUCACAGGCUUCAACGUGUCCAAUGCCUCCUGGACAUGAUGAUUGCAGAGGAAAAAAGCCUGAAGGAAAGGCUCCUGAAAAGAAUUGAUUCUUAUCAAAAAGAGCAGGACACUCUGAUCAAAGAGUUAAAACUGGAACCAUUUCUGGAAAGAGAGGAGACUACCAUGUUGGAGCUAGAGCAGGAUCUUCAAACACAGAUAGAAGAGUUGAAAAGACAGAAAGAAGAAAGGCUACAAGAACAGAAACUACUUCAAGAACAAGACCAAAAAUUGUGUGAGAUUCUUUGUGUGCUCCCAUACGGCCUUGACAAUGACUCUGUACUCAGCAUAGAGGAGUUGAACCAGUUCAGAAAUUACCUGGCAGCUCUGGAGGAAACAAAGGCAAGCCGAUGGGAAGAUUUUGUCAGCACAAAGAAGCAGAUCCUGCUCUGUAUGGAAGACCUAGGUCACACCCCAGAAACGGAUUUUGAGAGAGAUGUGGUAUAUAAGAAUGAAGAGACCUUUUGUCUGUCAUUGGAGAACCUAACAGCCCUAAAGAAUCUGCUUUUACAGCUGGAAAUGGAAAAAGCUGAGAAUGAAGCUGUGUGUAAAGGGCUACGCUCUCGAAUCAGGGAACUCUGGCUCUGGUUACAAAUAUCUACCCAGGAGAGAGAAGCUCUGGCCAUGUUCAUGACUGGGUCAAAGGCCAAAAUCAGAAAAGUGCUACAGUUAGACAUGGAUCGGUUGGAAGAUUUGAGGAUUCAGAACUUGAAGAAAAUGAUUGAAGCAAGCAAGGUGGAGCUGGCACUAUAUUGGGAAAAAUGCUUUUACAGCCAACAGCAGAAAGAAGCCUUUACCUAUUACUAUAACGAGGACUACACAGAGAUCUUGCUAAAGCUCCAUGGUGAAGAAAUUGUGAAGUUGAAACAAUAUUAUAAGCUGCACAAAGAACUAUUUGAAGGCGUUCAGAAGUGGGAAAAGAACUGGAGGCUUUUCUUGGAAUUUGAGAGAAAAGCUUCAGAUCCAAGUCGAUUUAUGAACCGUGGUGGAAAUCUCUUAAAAGAAGAAAAGCAACGAGCCAAGCUCCAAAAAAUACUCCCUAAGCUGGAAGAGGAGUUGAAAGCACAAAUUGAAAUGUGGGAAAAAGAACAUUCCAAGGCUUUUGUGGUGAAUGGCCAGAAAUUCAUAGAAUAUAUAAUGGAACAGUGGGAGAUGUUUCAUUUGAAGAAAGACAAAGAAGAGCAGGAGCGACAACUAAAGAAGAACCAGCAAACAGGAGCAGAGAUGUUAUAUAGCAGCAGAUCCAAAAUACUCUGCAAGAAGCAAGGACUGAGGCCUAAUUCAUCAGGCAAAGGCUACAAGCCGGUGAUGCUCACAGAGAAGGAGUAG